UUUGUAACAACUGUACUUCACAACUCCAUGAUUUUAGGAUUUACUGCAAAGGAACUGUCUUCUGAUGACUAUACAAUCUCAGGUGGAACAGCACAUCCCUGUUACAGAGAAUGCAAAGAAAAUGAAGAUCCUAUGAUAUGUCACUACAAUUUUACUGUUGGCUUAUUCACAACAAUGAGCAUUCAAUGUGGAGACUGCCCAGAUGUUGAAGAAGACUGCAGCAAGCCUGGAUGUAUUACAGCUGGUGGGGCAGUGCGUUCUGUAUCAGUUGUUAACCAGCGCAUACCAGGGCCUGCAAUAUUGGUAUGUCAUAAUGACAUAAUUGUAGUGAAUGUCAUAAAUGCCUUUGAUAAUGAGGGUACUGUGAUACAUUGGCAUGGUCUACACCAACGUGGAAGACAAUACAUGGAUGGUGUUCCUUACGUCACACAAUGUCCUAUUCAGCCAUACAAUGAAUUUCAGUACAGUUUUAAGGCAGAUGUUGCAGGAACUCAUCUAUGGCAUGCACACAUAGGUUUCCAAGAGGCUGACGGUCUCUUUGGAGCUAUGAUUGUACGUCAACCUCCAGCCAAAGAACCCAAUAAUGACCUCUAUGACAAUGACCUACCGGAACACACAAUUAUUGUUUGGCAUUGGUUCAAUGAACCAACAAGGGAUGUGGUUAAAACAGUACUAAAUAGAAAUGAAAAUCUUUUUGGAAAUGGCUAUAUAAUAAAUGGAAAAGGAAAUUUUCUUGAUAAUGAAACCUUCACAAUGCCAAGAGAGGUGUUUAAUGUUUCACAGGGUUCCAGGUACCGCUUUCGGCUUAUUUUCAAUGCAGCUAUCUAUUGCCCAGUUGAAGUAUCAGUUGAUAAUCAUAAGCUAUUGCUCAUCGCGAGUGAAAGCUCAUCUUUUGAACCUAUUCAAGUUGACUCUUUUAUAAUAAAUGGUGGUGAGCGUUAUGAUUUUGUGAUUGAGGCUAAUCAGGCACCAGGAAACUAUUGGAUGAGAUUCCGUGGAAUGGGCUCCUGCCACAAAACCGAUGAAUAUUCUGGCAAGUUUGUUGAAGCUCAUGCAGAGGCUGUACUACAUUAUGAUGAUGCAUCUGUGACCACAACACUACCUGAUGGAAUUCCUACUUAUGAAGAAGGCUAUGCCUCUGGAGUGCUUUUCAAUCCAGUUCAGGAAAUGAACCCUGACUACCUUGAAAAUAGAACUAUUAUUAGAGUUUCUGAUCUUAAAAACAUGGAUAUUGAUUCUGCAGUGGAUGUUAGUGGAACUCCAGAUAAAAUAGUGUACCUUGGCUUUUACUCCAAAUCAUACGACUCAUUGCAGAUACCAGGCCCAUAUCCUCAAGUAAACAAUGUUACUUUUAAAUAUCCACCAGUGCCUUUGCUAACCCAGAGAAAUUUGAUAUCUUCUGAAAAUUUCUGCCCAAAUAUACAACCUGAGAGUAGUGAAUGUGAUGAUGAAUUCUGUAACUGCCCGUAUGUUAUUGAAUUUGAUUUGGGUGAUCUUGUGGAAAUAGUGCUUGUAGACCCAGGGACCAAUCAAGACCAUCCUUUCCACAUGCAUGGUUAUCAUUUCCAUGUGGUUGCUAUGGAACUUCUAGAAGAAGAAGAAAUUGUGUCACUUGUCCGGGUGAAAGAAAUGAAUGAAAAUGGUGCAAUAAAUAAGACUCUUGAAGGAGCACCUCUUAAAGAUACUAUAUCUGUUCCAAUGAGAGGUUAUACAGUAAUUAGAUUCAAAGCAGACAAUCCUGGAUACUGGUUCUUUCACUGUCAUAUAUCAAACCAUGCAGAACUUGGUAUGGGUGUAGUACUGAAAGUUGGUAGACAUGAUGAGAUGGUAUCAAUUCCAUCCGAUUUUCCGCAGUGUGGAAACUGGAAGUGGACUUACCAUGAAGAAGUUGCUGGAUCAGCAAGAUCUUGUGGAAGUUUAGUGGCACUGUUGUUUUGUUUGUCCCUCCUGGAAGUGUAUUACAUAGGCAUGGUGUGAUAUGUUCUGUAUUUAUUGAAUUAAAAUUAUUUUAUUCUCAAAAUAACUAAUUUCAAGCAACUUUGUUCUGUUAUGGUUUAAUAGUUUUGGAAAUUUUUAUAUAAUAAAUUUAAAGGUUCUUGCAGAGUGA